UACAUUUUAUAUUGAAAACUAUUGUAUUCGUGUAUUCGUAGGCGAAAUAUUUUUCUUCUAUUAGCCGUAGCGCUGGCGGAUUUUAAUCAAAGAACCCCUGGGGUUGGCGAGAUGCUUCUUAAACAGGCCCGGUGAACACAGGCCUUUACUGUGCUUGAUGUACCAGACAAGCGUAAGGGAGCUGUUUUCAUCAGGUCCGCAUAAACAACACAGCAAAAAGACGACUGUCUGACGGUCCAUAUAUCAGACAGUCUGUGUUCUUUCAUUUUUGCCUGGGAUGGCCCACUUAACAAAUGCACCAAUAUGCUUUGUUAUGGUUGGACUACCUGCUCGAGGUAAAACUUUCAUGUCAAAAAAAUUAACAAGAUAUCUGAAUUGGAUUGGUGUUAACACUAAAGUUUUUAAUGCUGGUGAAUAUCGACGAAAAAUAUAUGGCACUGUCAACUGUAAACAUGAUUUCUUUAAUCCUGCAAAUGCAAGUGGUCAUGAAGCUCGAAUGAAGUGUGUUGAUUUAGCUUUAGAUGACAUGCAGGAAUUUCUUCAAAAUGGUGGCCAAGUUUCUAUACUUGAUGCAACAAAUACAACAUUAGACAGACGUAAAUAUGUCCAUGAACGUUGUGCAAAAGUCGGAAUCAAAACGUUUUUUGUUGAAUCCAUCUGUGAUGAUACUGAGGUUAUAUAUCAAAAUAUUUUAGAAGUAAAACUUUCAUCACCAGAUUACAAAGAUGUGUCAGACGAUGAAGCUGUACGUGAUUUUAUAGCUCGUAUUCGUCAUUAUCAAGACUUGUAUGAAACCAUAGAUUUUGAACAGGAAAGCCAUUUAUCAUUUAUUAAACUAAUCAAUGUUGGUCAGAAGUUUUUAGUCAAUCUCAUUUCAGGUUAUCUACAGACGAGAGCUGUGUAUUUUUUAAUGAACAUUCAUAUCACACCACGUUCUAUAUAUUUAACUAGGCAUGGAGAAAGUAUGUUAAACUUACAAGGUCGUAUUGGAGGAGAUUCUAAUUUAUCACCACGUGGUGUGCAGUAUAGUGAAAAGUUAAAGGAAUUUAUCCAGUCACAAACCAUUCCAGGUCUAAAGGUAUGGACAAGUACGCUUAAGCGAACGAUAGAGACUGCCUCUACAAUAGAUGCAACGUUCAAGGAACAGUGGUCCGCUCUGGAUGAGUUAGAUGCUGGAACUUGUGAUAAUAUGACGUAUGAAGAAAUUCAGGAAGAGUUUCCAGAAGAGUUUGCAAGAAGAGAUCAAGACAAAUAUCAUUACCGUUAUCCAAGGGGAGAAUCCUAUGAAGACUUAGUGACUCGGUUAGAACCUGUUAUCAUGGAGUUAGAACGACAACACAACGUGUUAGCAGUGUGCCAUCAGGCCGUGAUGCGUUGUUUGCUGUCGUAUUUUCUUGAUACGAAGUCUAAAGACAUGCCAUAUUUAAAAGUUCCUCUGCAUACUGUGUAUAAGUUAACUCCUAUCGCAUACGGUUGUCGUGUGGAGACAUUUAAACUCGAUGUCCCAUGUGUAGAUACUCAUCGCCAAAAACCAGAAGAUGUCAGCCUAAACAGGGAAACGAAGAGUGCAUUAAGCACUGUUCCAGACCACGAAGUUGGCGAUUAUAAUAUGGAUUGGCGCCGUACGUCACCUAAUAAACCAUCACGGCACGAAUCACCGACGCACGACGUAACAUUGUGAAGUCGUCAACAUAUGGAUUGAAGAAUUGAUUUAAUAGGAUAUAUAAAAUAUGACCAGUUUUCUUUACUUCAGUGCAAAGGUAUGAUGGGUAGUCUCGCCUUGCCCUAACCUAUUUGUAUGGUAUUGCGUUUGGAUAAUGGUAUAAGUGACGCAAAAUUGUGAGAAAUAACUUGUUUUUAAUUUAGUAUAUUGGAAUAAUACUUAUAAAGAUAGCUAGAUUGUAAUUUUUUUGAAUUAUAACACGAUAUUUAUACUCUUCACACACUUUUUGUAAAAUGUAAGUUUGUCAUAGUGUAGAAGUGCUAAAAUGGAGAUAAGAACUCUCACCCGUAGUGCUCAUUUUAUAACACCAGCUGUACGACAAAUGUUGCGAAACCGAUGUAGAAAUGUCUCGUUAUUGGCAAGAUAUUUCAUCUUUUUGCGCUCGUUGUUGUGCAGUCUAAGUCACGUGUCGAUCGAUACACAAUGAUUAAGAACAAGUUUGUUGUGAACAAACAAAAACGUAUAGUUUGGUCGGUUUAUAGUGUAGAAAUGCUGCAGCUUAGUUGGGAGAAUAACGAUAGUGUAAAAAAUUAACCAAUCCACCAUAUCCAAUUAUAACAACAAUUUUGUAACCAAAUAAAUAAUGCAAAAUUUGCUGCUCUAGGUGCACCUAUUUUCAUAUUAUGUUUUUUAUGCAAUUUUAAUAUUUAUUUUUUUCAUCAGUAUGCAAUGUAUGAACUUAUACAAAAAUCUGUCAUUCAAAUUAUCCCCUGACUGAUGUUGUGUCCCUGACGACGAGUUCUAAACUUCACAUUGUUAGUACUGUUUUUUUGAGGAUUUGCGUUAAAUUUAUGCGCGCGGAACCUCACAAAAUAUACUUUUUUUUAAGAAAUUUGUUGACCCCUUCUAUUACAGACCUAAAAUAAAGAUACACCCACUUCAAUUUAUUAACACCCUCCCCCACUUGAAGAAAAUUACCAACCUUCCUUACAAAGUCACCAAGAGUAGAAUAAUAUUUGUGCUGCGCGUCUCGAUUUUAUUUUAUUUUUGAUUGUAAUAAAAAACUGCAAAUUGGGAGAGAUAAUAGCUAACAUUUAAUGUUAGGAAUUUGCGCCAGUUGCGCCAAAUUUUGAAAAAUUUGCGUAAAUUUUAUUUUUCGCAGUUGACUAAUACAAGUAAAAGUGGAAUGUUUUUUGAAGAUUGAAUUUUUACAUUCCAAACAUGCAGACUUUUUUCAAGAUUACCACUC